CUUCACUCCACAACAACGCUUUCAAAAUUCCUUUCAAUCUCUCCCUCUCUCUCGCUCUCGCUUGCUCGCCGGCGAUGGAGAUCAAGUCCGGCGCGUUGGGCUUGUGCUCCAAGGACCACCAGCGGAUCUAUCAGGAGUGGUUCAACUUCGCCGAUUCAGAUGGAGAUGGGCGCAUUACUGGAGAUGCCGCCACGAAGUUCUUCGCCAUGUCGAAGCUUUCGCGGCAGGAGCUCAAGCAGGUUUGGGCCAUUGCAGAUUCCAAACGUCAAGGGUUUCUUGGCUUGCAUGAGUUUAUUAUUGCUGUGCAGCUGAUUUCUCUGGCCCAAGAAGGAGUUGAAUUAACCCCCAGCAGCCUUAAGUUUGAAGCUGAUGUGGAGAAGAUCGAUCCUCCUAUGAUGGAAGGGUUGGAUGCCGUGGUUGCUAAAAGCAAGAACUCAACAGUUGUUGUCGAUCCUGUAACAAAUGGAAGUGCUCAGCCCCUGCCACCGCCAUCAUCUCAAUGGUUUGCUCCAAAAUCUGGGAGGAAGGCACAGGCGCCUCAAUAUUCGGUUACAUCAAUUGUUGAUGGUUUGAAGAGAUUGUAUGUAGAAAAGCUGAAGCCUCUUGAAGUUGCUUAUCGUUUUAAUGAUUUUGUGUCCCCUUCGUUGACAAAUAGUGAUUUUGAUGCUAAACCCAUGGUGAUGCUCCUUGGUCAGUAUUCUACGGGCAAAACUACUUUCAUAAAGCAUUUGCUGAGGUGUGAAUACCCAGGAGCUCAUAUUGGACCUGAGCCUACAACUGAUAGAUUUGUUGUUGUCAUGUCUGGACCGGAUGAGAGAAGUAUCCCAGGGAACACAAUUGCCGUCCAUGCAGACAUGCCCUUCAACGGCCUGACGAAAUUUGGAGGAGCAUUUUUGUCAAAAUUUGAGUGUUCCCAAAUGCCACACCCUCUGCUGGAUCAAAUUACUUUUGUGGAUACUCCCGGUGUUCUAUCCGGAGAAAAGCAAAGAACCCAACGGAGCUAUGAUUUUACUGGUGUCAUAUCAUGGUUUGCAGCCAAGUGUGAUAUGAUUCUUCUUUUGUUUGAUCCUCAUAAACUUGAUAUCAGUGACGAGUUCAAGCGUGUUAUCGCAUCCCUACGCGGUAAUGAUGACAAGAUACGUGUUGUUCUUAAUAAAGCAGACCAAGUCGAUACGCAACAACUGAUGAGAGUCUAUGGAGCACUGAUGUGGUCGCUUGGAAAAGUUUUGAACACUCCUGAAGUUGUACGCGUUUAUAUCGGGUCCUUCAAUGACAAGCCUGUUAAUGAAGGCAUUGUGGGUCCUAUAGGACGUGAUCUCUUCGAAAAAGAGCAGGAUGACCUUCUUGCGGACUUGAUUGACAUUCCUAAGAAAGCUUGUGACCGUCGAAUCAACGAAUUUGUGAAGCGUGCUAGGGCUGCUAAGAUUCAUGCUUACAUCAUUAGUCAUCUUAAGAAGGAGAUGCCUGCCAUGAUGGGCAAGGCAAAGGCUCAACAGCGAUUAAUUGACAAUCUUGAAGAUGAAUUUGCUAAGGUUCAAAGGGAUUAUCAUUUACCAGCAGGCGAUUUUCCCAGUGUUGAUCAUUUCAAGGAGGUCUUGAGUGGCUACAACAUCGAUAAAUUCGAAAAGCUGAAGCCCAAGAUGAUUCAAGCCGUCGAUGACAUGCUCGGCUACGAGAUCCCUGAACUCCUGAAGAAUUUCAGAAAUCCUUAUGAAUGAAUCUUCCGGGGCUUGUGCCUUCUUUGUUGAGGCCACGUUUUCUUGCUACAUGGCAUGUUAUCUGAAAAAACAAACCUUGUGUAUAACAUUUUUGGUCUCCGAUGCUCCAUCACACCCUCAGAUGGGGUUAUCAGGUUAA